CUAAAAUGUCCGCCGGGGCUGCCGCACUGGCCGGACCCACGGCAGCAGCAGCAGCCACAUGCAGAGAUCCCAGAUCAGACACUGCUGGCAUCUGUAAGGGAGAGCCACCCACCGCCUGCACGGAGAAAGUGGAAUAUCAGCUAUCCCUGAUUCGCCUUGUGGCAGCUGCCAGGACCAGCAUGCAUUGCAAAUUAAUUAUAAUGUGAAUCCCAUAAAUGCUCAUGACUGGAAGUAAUCCACAGACAUUAAAGGCAACGUUGGAGCAUUUUCACCUUGCAGCCCUGGUGUGUGAAUUGCUGACUCUAUAGAAAUUGUAAGUCUUGUCAUUACAGUUGUUAUUCCUUAGUGAAACAGUAGCAGAUCAUUAUAUCCUAUGGAGACCGGAAAGCAGAAGAACAUCGAUAUUGUGUAUAAGGCACGUUCUCCUUCAGAGAAUCCCCUAGCUCCUCAUGCACUCAGCAUAUCAGAAGGGGAAAUGAUAGCUAUUAAAGCACGACAGAGAAAAGUGUCAGCGGCCCUUCAGAAACUGGGUGUUGAAGCAACAAAGGAUAAAGAGCCUCCCAUAAUUGCAGUUCUGGGAUCUGGAGGUGGACUUCGUGCAAUGGUUAGUCUUCUGGGUACUCUUAGUGAGCUAGCCAAAGAAGAUCUAUUAGAUGUCAUAACAUACAUUUGUGGUACCUCUGGAUCAACCUGGUGUAUGGCCUCCCUGUAUAAUAAUGACAAGUGGUCAUCAUGCAUGGCAGAGAUGGAAAGCCAGAUGAGUGAUUGUCUAAUGAAAUCUGCAUGGGACAAGAACAAGGCAUGGGAGAAGCUACAAGAGUCCAUUUCUAGUGGCAUAUACUCACUGACUAAUUUUUGGGCUUAUGUGGUUGUCUAUAAAGUCACUAAUAAAUUAUAUGAGACAACUCUGUCAGAUCAACGUGCAGCAUGUGAAAGUGGGGAAAAUCCUUAUCCGGUCUACUCUGCUGUGGAAAAGAGGCAUUUAAAUAAAAAUGAGCCAGGAGCCUGGUUUGAAUUCACACCACACCUGGCUGGAUUUCCUGCAUACAAAUCAUUUGUAAAUACUGAGCUCCUCGGCAGCCAAUUUAAAGGAGGGGAGUUAUUGAAGAAUUACCCUGAGAAGGACCUAUGUUACUUACAAGGAUUAUGGGGCAGUGCACCUUCAAGUGAGGAUGUCAUGCAGAAGGUCAUCAAAAGUAUGAUUCAAAAGAUAAGCCCCACUAGUAACGCAAGCACAAGUGAAGACCUUCUCUGCUCAUGUAGUGGAUGUGCAAAAUUGCUGAUCCUUCUCUCUCAUGAGCUGGCUGACAUGACACCUGAGAAGAUAGAGCAGUUCUGUAAUGAAAUUGCUACAGCCUUAGCGGAUACUUAUGGAGGUUCUUGUGAAACAGUUAAAGUUGUGUCCAGCGUUUUGCAGACUUUUAUGGAAUGGAUAUGGGGGACAACAAACAACUUCCUCUAUGAAUGGAAAAGUGAUGUCCCUGAAGACAUCUACAGUAAGGAGUUCUUAAACUUAGUUGAUGCUGGACUAGAAAUAAACUGUGCAUACCCAUUAAUGUUGCCCCCAAAUCGCAAAGUAGAUCUCAUUUUGUCUUUUGACUACAGUGAUGGAAAUCCAUUUCUGACACUCCAAGCCACAGCUGAAUACUGCAAGAUAAAUGGAAUUCCCUUUCCCAAAGUAAAUAUAGACGAUAAGGAAAUUGAGACUCCAUCAAAAUGUUGCUAUGUCUUUGAAGGAGGGGACAAUGGGGCACCUGAUGUGAUGCACUUCCCACUCUUCAACAACCAGAACGCUGAAGGUAAAGUACGUGAACUGAGGGAAAAGUAUCCUACCAGCAAUCUUUCAUACGAUGAAUCUGAGCUGAAAGAGAUUCUGCAAUUGUCAAAAUUAAAUGUGCAGCUGAGCAAACCACAGAUAUUAGAGAAAAUGCAACAAUGUAUUGAUCGUAAAUGAGCUAGGGGAAUAUUCAUCAUGGAAAAAUUGUGAAAUGAGAAUAUUUAGUUAUCAAUUCUUAUUUUCCAUUUCAGAAUGUUUCCAAUUUUCAUGAAACCUCCCUUAUAAAAUUAUGACUUCCGAAAAAUUGCCCCUUUUGUGAAGCAGCUUUUCGGAAAACUUGUAUUUUUCCUACUGCUGCCUCACACUGCACAUGCACAGCUUGAAGACAGGCUGCAUCGGUCCCCCCCUUCCCUUACAUCCACUUCUCCCCCCAGCCAGCAUCCGCAUGCAGGCUUCUCACCUCCCCCUGGCUCCCCAGAUGCACAGGACUUGUGAGGUGAGCAGCCCCCUCCCCCGCCGGGAUUUACAGUUCCGUAUCUGCCCGACUGUGGAGGUGAGCACUCAGCCGCGGUCCCCUCAUUUCCCCUGCCUAGACUGUCAGCCCAGAGGUGAGCACUGCAGUAGCCUUUGCCCCGUCACCCCUGCAGAGGUCACUGCAACUGUGCCCCUCCCUUUUCACCGGCAUUUUAUUUAUGUGGCUGCUAGGUCACACUGUAGCCACAGCCCUCCUUCACAUACACACAUCCCACUCCGGGACAUUCGGCUGCAGAGAUCGUGGUGCGUCCGCACCUCCCCUACUCCCUCCCUAUCCCUCUGCUGCACAAGCUGCGAUGUAAACAGCAGCCUGUGAAGAGAUUUGGGGGCUGUUCCCCAUCUCAGGAUGUUUAACAGUUUCACUUUCAAACUCUGAAAGUAAAUAAAUAAUAAAUAAAGCAUUUUCAGAGUUUGCUGAAUGUCACCGGAGUGUAGAAAUUGUGACAAAUAAAGGAUAAUGAAUAUUCCCUAAUCUGAACACUUUCAAUUUACAGUUUAUGUGCCCGCCCCAUUCUUCCACUCUCUGCUUUACCUCACAGCAAAAGCAUGUUGAUUAAAUUUGCUUUCAAAUAGUGUUA